UACACAUCCACGUCAGCUAAUCACUAAAGCCAUUUCAAAUUUCAAUCGCUAUCCCGACCGUUCGAUGAGGUCCUACAGGAGCCGUUUGAUCACCGAAAUUUGAAUAAUGUCGCGAUACGAUAAGAAAAGUCAUGCGUUAUGUCUUUUUCUGACAUAACAAAUCUAAAGCUGACUAAACGACUCCGACACAGCUUCUGUCUGAAGGAGAGUCUCUGAAGACUCGUUAUAGCUUGAAAAUAUCGAGAAGCAACUUUCGUUUUGUAUAUCAGUUUCGAAAUUCAAAGGUCUUCUUCAACAUCACUUGCUUGACCAACCCAGAAGCUAAAGCAUAGAUCUUCGUUUCCAGAGCUCAAGGUCUGUGCGUGUGAUCAUGGUGGAGGAGAAUCAAACAGCUGAAGAUUUGUUACAACAAGCACUAGAGCUCGUCCCCAUCGCUCUGUCCAAAGCAAAAACAGCCAAAGGCUUCACCACCAGGUGGAGAGUGAUCAUCUCAAGGCUAGAGAAGAUCCCGACAUGUCUAUCGGAUUUGUCAAGCCACCCUUGCUUCUCCAAAAACACUCUCUGCAGAGAGCAGCUCCAAGCCGUUCUACAAACUUUACAAGAAACCAUCGCCAUAAGCGUGCAAGAGAAGCAAGAAGGGAAGCUCAAGACGCAGAGCGACCUCGACUCUCUGUCCUCGAAACUCGACCUCGCCUUGAAAGACUGCGGACUGCUGAUGAAAACAGGCGUCCUAAGCCACGUCACUCCGCAACAACCAAUACAAGACUCGGAAACGUUAGGCGUUAGAGAGCUGCUCGCUCGGCUCCAGAUAGGUCAUCUGGAGUCGAAGCGAAAGGCUCUCAAGACGCUCGUUGAGGUGAUGAAAGACGACGAAAAAGCCGUUAUAACGGCGUUAGGUCGAACAAACGUCGCGUCUCUGGUUCAGCUUCUGGCAUCCGCUAGCGUACGAGAGAACGCUGUCACCGUGAUCUGCUCAUUAGCGGAGUCAGGAGGAGGGGAGAGCUGGCUCGUCUCCGAGAACGCUCUCCCUCCUUUGAUCCGCCUCCUCGAAUCCGGAACUCCGUUAGCCAAAGAGAAAGCCGUUAUCUCUCUGCAGAGAUUGUCCUUCUCCUCGGAGACGUCGCGCGCAAUCGUAGGACACGGAGGAGUCCCUCCGUUGAUAGAGAUUUGCAAAACAGGGGACUCUGUUUCGCAAGCCGCUUCCGCUUGCACGUUGAAAAACAUCUCAUCCGUUCCCGAAGUGAGACAGUUCCUUGCGGAGGAAGGUACCAUUAAAACGAUGAUCAACAUACUCAGCUGCGGGAUCUUGCUUGGGGCUAAAGAGUACGCAGCUGAGUGUCUUCAGAAUCUCACAUCUAGCAACGAAGCUCUCAGAAGAUCGGUUGUAAAAGAGAACGGAGUUCAAACUCUCCUCGCUUACUUAGACGGACCUCUCCCACAAGAGGCAGGAGUGGCAGCGGUUCGUAACCUCGUUAGCUCUGUUCCCGUCGAGAGUUAUGAGAUGAUAGUCUCGAGUUUGGUCCACGUUCUCAAAGCGGGAUCAACCGGAGCGCAACAAGCGGCUGCGUCGACUAUAUGCAGGAUGGCUACGUCGAACGAGAGUAAGAGAAUGAUCGGGGAGUCAGGUGUUAUCCCUCUGUUGGUGAGAAUGCUGGAAGCGAAAGGAGGUGGAGCUAGAGAGGUUGCUGCUCAGGCUAUAGCGAGUCUUGUCACGGUUCCGAGGAACUGCAGAGAAGUGAAGAGGGAUGAGAAGAGUGUGACGAGUCUUGUGACGUUGCUUGAGCCUAGCCCGAGCAACUCGGCUAAGAAGUAUGCGGUUUCUUGUCUGGCGGCGAUGUGUUCGAGCAGGAAGUGUAGGAAGCUGAUGGUGUCUCAUGGAGCGGUUGGUUAUCUGAAGAAGUUGGCGGAGAUGGAGGUUCCUGGUUCUAAGAAGCUUCUUGAGAGGAUUGAGAAAGGGAAAUUGAAAAGUUUCUUUAGUAGGAAGUAGACUGAGAAUAUAUAUAUAUAUUGUGUAUGUUGUAACGUUUCAUAACCUAUAUGAAACUGUAACAAUGGUAUUGAACAUUUAGGUUUGUGCAUU